AUGUUCUCGAGGCUAUCGAAAGACAAUUCCUUACGACCUAGUACCCAUACUUAUAGCGUAACAAUUGGUGGGCUUUGUAGACAAGGUUUGGUAGAUGAAGCAUAUGAUCUGUUCCGAAAAAUGGAACUGGAUGGUUGUCUACCAGAUAGUUUCUGUUAUAACAGAAUUAUUCAUGGAUUUCUUCAUCACAAGGACCCACUUGAAGCAGUGGCCCUUAUUCAGGAGAUGGUCUCUAAAGGUUUCUCAGCUGACACAACCACAAUGUCCUUGCUUAUACAAGUAUUGCCCAAAAAUCAGUUGAAACAUCCGCUUGUCCAAAAGCUGCUGAAUGGUCCAGAUAUCAACAUUCAGGAAAUAGAAUCUUAA